AUCUGUUUUCUUACGUGUACGAUAGUGUAUGUUUACGGUAACAACGACCAUUUUUCGCUUCACUUUCCAUUUCCGUCAACUUGUGUCUGCCAUAUCAAAUAAUUUGCAGUUUAAUCGGUCAUUUUUUUCUUUCGUAUGACCGACGUUUCUUAUUCCUAAUAACCUUUUCUGCUAUUUCAUGAUGGUCUGAAAAUAACGUUUCCAGAGUUACAUCGCAGCUGUGCUUAGUUUUUACUCUCGCUUGAUAAGCGACUGUGAGGACAGUGUGAGACCAACAGCGAACACGACGCUUAUCGAAGAAAACCAAACGAAACAUGGAGAGUCUAUGCAAUUACGCAAGCGACGACGACAACAACACUCCUAGCCCUAAAAGAGAAGUUAUCAAUAAACUUACCAGAACUAAUGGAAUGGAAGCUGAUGCAAAUUAUGAGCAAGUUACCAUGGAAAUGAGUGAGCAGGAAUCAAACCAUAGUUCAACAAAAUCAUCUCAUCCUAAAGAUCAAACUUCACCUUCUAGUUCAGCAUCAUCACCUACUUCUAUAUCCCAGACUUCGCGAUCACAUCGUACCAGUAAACAUGAAAACCAUAGCGAUGUUAAAACAAGCAGCUCUGAUGAAGAAAAGAUAAAAAGUCAUAGUCGUCAGAGAAGAAAUAAAUCUAGGGAUCGCCAUAGUAAGAAACAUUCUCGUCGAUCACGAAGUCGUAGUAAUGAUAGAAAACGUUCUCGAAGAUCUCGUAGCCAUAGUCGUAGCAAAAAGCGAUCCAGGCAAUCACACAGUCGUAGUGAAAGAAAUGGUAGUAGUCGAAGAUCAAGUCCAUAUUCUAGACAUGAAUCAAAGAAUAGUCACAAAAAGCAUAGUCGGUCAAAAAGUAAAGAAAAAUUUACAACUCAUAAUUAUUUCUUAGAAAAAAAGGCAAAUAAUAAACGACAAAUUUUAGAUAAAUUGGGAAUUGAAUUAAAAGUUCCAUCAAUCGGAAGUUCUACAACACCAUCUACACAAGUCACCCCUCAACAGUUAUUACAAAAAUCUAUGGAAGCACAAGUAGAAAAAGUUAAAGUGCAAACAGGAAUAGAGUUACCAUCAUAUUAUAAUCCAGUUGCCGUAAAUCCAAAUAAAUAUGCUGAACAAAUUCAGAAACGAAAACUUUUAUGGGGAAAUAAACAAAACAAUGAUGUUGUUAAACAAGUUGAAGAGAGUAAACCAGCUGUUGCUGCAAUUAACAAGACUGCAACUAUUUGGCAGUCUACUAAAUUUGGUGACCAAGAUGGUAAAGUUACUGCCAAGUUCAAAAGACUUAUGGGCAUCAAAGAUAAUGAAAAAGGUGUUGAUGGUCCAACUUCUCAGCAAGGGCAAUCAAAAGACAUUAUCAAAAAGCAGGAAGAAAUGUUUAACUCAAUGGAGAGUCAGUAUGAAGUUGCCCGCAUGGCAACACAUACACAUCGAGGGUUGGGUCUUGGAUUUGGUACAUUUCAACAGCGGUAGAUCUUAUCUUUAUACAUUUAUAUAAUUAUUGUACAUGGAAUACCACUAUUAGUAAUUAAUUUUAGGUUUCU